UAGUAUAAACUACUAUUAAACCAGUGUCUUUGACAGGUCAAAGAUCUCAUAAUAUCGAUAAAACAGUAGGCGCGCGACUCGCAAGCAGAAUGGUUUAUAAGUUGUUGUUUGUGCUUUAUAUUAUAAAUUAUACAAAUGCAGCGGUUCGAACACCAAUUGUGAAGUUGAAUGAUGGCAACGAAAUGCCAUUCUUAGCCCUUGGCACGUGGCUCGGAAAUGCAACAAAGUCAACUCCCGAUGAGGUAGAGCACGCGGUACGUUGGGCACUUGAAGCCGGAUACAACCACAUCGAUACCGCGUGGAUAUAUAAAGUGGAGGACCAGGUUGGGAGGGGGUUGAAAGGAGCGCCGAGGGAGAAGGUUUUCGUGACAAGUAAACUAUGGAACAGCUUUCACGCUCGAGAUGCGGUGGUACCAGCUCUCCGAGAAUCUCUCCGUGAUUUGCAACUGGAUUACGUUGAUCUUUAUCUCAUCCAUUGGCCUGUUGGACAGUUUGCGAACUUCACUUACGAUACAACGGACUACCUUGAUACUUGGCGAGGGAUGAUAGAUGCGAAGAAACUUGGCCUCACCAAGUCUAUAGGACUUUCCAACUUCAACGAGAAGAUGAUCCAGAGGAUCCUGGAUAAUGGGUUGGAGAAACCUGCAGCGCUACAAGUUGAGCUCAAUCUAAAUCUCCAACAACCAAAACUACUUGCUUACUGCAAGUCUCAGAACAUAGCAGUCAUGGGCUACACACCGUUCGGCUCCCUUUUCUACUCAAAAGCCAAACCAGAUUCUCCACCGCCGAGGGUUGACGAUCCAGUGCUGGUAGAAAUCGCUAAGAAGUACAAUAAAACGGUGCCACAGAUUGCAUUGAGAUAUUUGGUGGAGCUGGACGUGGUCCCGCUGCCGAAAUCCUUAACAAGAAGUCGUAUUGAAGAAAAUAUCCGUAUAUUCGACUUCCAGCUGACAGAAGACGACAAAAAAAUUUUAAAAUCCUUCGAUAAAGGUUACCGGACUAUACCCCAGUACAAAUGGCUGGACCAUCCUUACUAUCCGUUUGAAAAAAAAGAAAAUUAAUCAAUUCAUUUUAUUUUUUUAAUUUUAAAAAACUGGUCCAAUGACAUGAGUAAAAUCGUUUUUUAUUUUCACCAUAAACACGUGCAUAUUAGGUAGCAGUUACUUGCCCUCAUCGCCCAUAAACACUAAUCAUAGUUCUACAUGUUCGAUUUGGCAUGAUUGAGUAAAUUUUCAAUGACGUCAGAAAGAGUUAAUUGUUCAACCAAACAACCGCUAAAAUAUAUAUGUAUGUGAUACCGGAAGUAAAUUAAACAACAAAUUGUGACAAAUAAUAAAAUUUACUAAAAGAAAAAUAUAAAUAUUUAUUUAUGUACAGAUAAAUCACCCUUCUUCACUCACGCUGGUAAAAAAAAUUGAAUCUCAUUUCACUCUACUUACGUACAUCCAUUUAAACUUUUAUAUGUAUA